AUGAUCCCCUUCGCGGUGCUCUUCGUUUUGUCUGUCUUUCCUUUUGUGCUGGCAGCUCCUCAGCCCCAACCUAGCCCCGACACCAUCCACGUCCCUCUUCUCAGACGCAACCCCCACAAUGUCGAAGACCUCCCAAAGGCACUUGCAGCCCUCAAAGGAAAAUACGGCAUCGGGUCGACCACCAAGAAGAGAGCAGGAAACUCAGCUUCUAUACCUAUCACCGACGAGCAAAACGACUCCAGCUACUCCGGAGAAAUCACUAUAGGAACGCCGCCACAAACCUUUCAGGUCAUUCUCGAUACCGGAUCAGCGGACCUCUGGGUCGUUACGACGUCAUGUACAGCCUGCACAUCGGACAUGACUACCUUUGACCCCUCCAAGUCAUCGACUUACAAGGUCUCUAACUCGCAACUAACAAUCACUUAUGGAUCUGGCUCGGUCAAGGGCACCGCCGCCCAAGAUUCAGUCGGCUUCGGUGGGUUCUCCGUACCGGGCCAAGUGUUCAUGUCAGCUACAACCGUCGUUGACAACCUGCUCGCGCCUGGUGUUUCGGGCAUCAUCGGUCUCGGUUUCCAACCCAUUUCUUCCCUCCAAACGUCACCCUUCUGGGAAACACUGUACAAUUCAAAUAUGUUGGCAGAACCUCUCUUCGGUUUCUACCUCGAACGAUGGGUGACUUCUUCCACUGUAAUAACAGACGCACCGGGUGGCUCUCUCACCCUUGGUGGAACUAACACCAGUCUUUACACCGGUAACAUCGAGUAUAUCGAUAUGCCUAGUGGGUCGACACCUUCUUAUUGGUUUCAACAAGUCAGCACUAUUACGGUCCAGGGCAAGACCCUUCAAAUAUCGUCCAGCCAAGGUCUUGCUGCCAUUGACACGGGAACAACCCUCAUCGGCGCUCCAACUUCCAUUGUGUCAGAGAUUUGGGCUGCUGUGUCCGGUGCAGAAGCCCUCUCUGGCCAGUAUGCUGGCAUGUAUGCUUUCCCAUGUACCACGAGUGUGACUGUUUCCAUCUCAUUCGGUGGCACAGACUGGCCUAUGAGCUCUGAUGACAUGAACCUGGGCGAAUUCGGCACCAACUCGGCUGGUACGCCGAUGUGUGUAGGAGGUAUCUUCGACAUCGGAAGCACCGUUGGCACCGGCUCGGGAGUUCCCUCAUGGGUCGUGGGAGAUACCUUUCUCAAGAAUGUUUACACCGUAUUUCGGGCUAACCCAGCCUCCGUGGGUUUCGCGGCGCUUGCGAGCGGGUUAGACACGAGUCCAAGUGGUUCCUCUGGCGCCAACCCAGCUUCUAUUACCGGUACAAACGGUCUUCCGUUCCCAACUCCAACGACCUCGAGCGCAUUGUCGUCUCAUAAACGUCUCUCGGCAUCCCUGGCCGCGUUCGUAACUCUUCUGGUGGGAUACGUUCUUGUUCUCUAA